AUGUUUAGGAAAGCAUACAACAAGGCUGCACUGGCUGUGGCCAUGUUGUUGCUUGUAUCUUGCCUCAUUAAUGUGGGCAGCAGUUUCGAUCCAGACUCAUUAGUCGAUAAUAUUGUUUUGAAACAUCAUGCCAAGUUGUUGGAAGAUGUGGCAAGUGGAAAGUUGGUGGCUGAGGAAGAGGUCCAGGAAGUGGCUGAGAUGACACCACUGCCAGGUUAUCAAUGCAAGCAUGACCACCACCUAUCCGGAGUCAUGAAGAAUAUAGUGCCAAAGAUUGACAAGAUGGUGGCCCAGUCCACCCCAGUGAAUGGUGGUGAUUUCGUAGAGGUUGCCGCAGCUACAGCAUCCAACAGACAGCCAAUCCGUAUUCUCUUUGACAAGUCAACGCUGGACAAUGACAAAUAUGCAUGCUACACCGUCGGCCAAAAGGUCGCCGUCGGUCUAGACAGUGGAUCUGACUCGACACGUGGCCUAUCAUCGUGCUCUGGAUCGGAUGAUAAUGCCUGCAUCUACACAUGUCGCCAACAGGACCUUCUGACACCAAGCAUGAAGCGUCUGAUCACUGACUACAUCCUACCAACAAUGAGCGAGGUGUUUGGAUCCGUCAUCCUCGUUGACCGUAAUGAGCCAGAUGUACUCAAGUUCAACCAAGAUAUCUACAACACCUUCAGCCAACAAUGCAACUAUGGUGUCAACGUCCCAAGCACCUAUGUCACCAAUGGUGCACCAAACACUGAUCAUGUCGUCUUUGUAACUGUCCGUCCAACAACUGACACUUCUACCAUCGCCUAUGCUAUGCCAUGUAACUUUGAUGUACGUGGAUCUGGAUUCUACGGCAGACCAAAGGCUUCAGGAAUCAACUUCAACCCAUCAUACUUCUACAACUACGUAAACAAACCAACUGGAUUCAGAUAUCGCGAGUACGUCCGUGUUGGUAUCCAUGAGAUGACCCAUUCUCUAGGCUUCAGCAACUUCUUCUACAACUCCUUCACAACAUCACGUGGUGCCAGAUACAAUGCUGCAUCUGAGAUCAGGAGAAAGGGAACAUCACCAGCUGGUGAGAGAUUCAAUGCCAAGAAGUUUGCCAUCGUGUCGCCAAACGUCGUGAACUUUGUCAGGGAUCACUAUGACUGUGAUAGCAUUGGCUACGCAGAGUUGGAGGAUGCUGGUGGAGCUGGAACAUCUGGAAGCCAUUGGGAGAAGCGUACCGCUGGAGAGGAGUACAUGCUUGGAUUCGUCUCACCACUGGCACCAAUCACCAACCUCACACUCUCAUUGCUCAAGGACACUGGAUGGUAUGACAUCGACUACUCUCACUCUGAGAAGCUAGUCUUUGGCAAGAACCUUGGUUGCCGUUGGUUGGACCAAUGCUCUGAUAAUACCUGGAACUAUCAAGGUUACUUCUGCACCAACAAUGGAGAUGUUGGCUGUACCGCAACAAGAAUGGGCAAAGGUGUUUGUCUGCUUGGUUAUGGUAGCCUUAAGCCAGAGUACCAACACUUCAAGAACCCAAGACUUGGUGGAUUGGACAGUGUUGCAGACAAUUGUCCAUACUAUCAAGUCUAUGAUGAGAUUGAUACCUCCCAGUACUGUGUCAACGAGGAGGAAAACAGCACAUUGGAGGCCACUGUUGGCGAAGUGUUUGGUUCCAACUCCAGAUGCUUUGAGUUCACCUCUGGUGGUGACCGAGUCAGACAUGCCUGCUGGCAAAUGAAGUGCAAUGGAAAGAAUAUCGACAUUACGAUUGGAGGCCAAGUGUAUACUUGUUAUGAUGGCCAGGCCCAGCAAACGAUCAAUGUUAAUGGCAUGCAACUGAAGUGUCCAUUUGGAGGUUUGGCCGAGUGUGGAGGUCGCCAAGAGAGUCUGGAUGUGGCCGGAGGCAACACCAGUUCAACACUGUUCGCCAACGCCAAGCUUACAUUCGCACUGAUGCUCAUUGUCCUGUGUACCUACAUUGUUCUUUAA